UCCGUGGCUUCACUGGUGUUUACUUUGAGCAGUGGAGACCUGCAGCUGCUGAUAAAGUCUCUGCUGACGGAGGGAAGACUGUGAAAUCAGAUCACAGGAUGGACUCCAGUGGGAAACCCUCGACUGCACAGAUCGUGGUUUUAGCCAGCAGCUCAGCGCUGACCGCACUCUUCUACUCCAUUUACAGGAGCAAAGCUACAACAGUUGCCAGGUUAAAGGAAGCCAAGAAAGUAUCCAUAGACCAGGAUUUGAGAAACAUCUUGUCUGAAACCCCUGGCAGAUGUGUCCCAUAUGCUGUCAUAGAAGGUGUCGUCAGAAAUGUGAAGGAAACUCUGAGCAGUCAGUUUGUUGAAAACUGCAAAGGCGUCAUUGAAAGACUGACGCUGAAGGAGGAAAAGAUGGUGUGGAAUCGCACCACUCACCUCUGGAACAGCACAGAGAAAAUCAUCCACCAGCGCACCAACACGGUUCCGUUUGCCCUCGGGUCUCACGACGAAGCUAUCGCCGCCACAGUUCGGAUUAUACGGCCACUAGACGCUGCAGAGUUGGACCUGGAGACCACCUACGAAAACUUCCACCCCUCAGUCCAGUCCCUAUCCAAUGUCAUUGGCCACUUCAUUAGCGGGGAGCGACCUAAGGGCAUCCACGAAACCGAGGAGAUGCUGCGGUUGGGAGACAGCGUCACAGGGGUGGGAGAGCUGGUGCUGGAUAACAGCCUGAUCAAGCUCCAGCCACCCAAACAGGGCUUCCGUUAUUUCCUCACCCGUCUCGACUACGAGUCUCUCCUGAGGAAGCAGGGGAACAGCGUCAGGCUGUGGAGGAUUCUGACUCUCGUGUUCGGCGUCGCCGCCUGUUCCAUGCUCGUCUACAUCCUGUGGAAGCAGUAUGUGCACCGCAGACAGAGUAAGAAGGAGAGGGGCAUGCUCGAGGAGUUCAAGGAGCAGCAGAAGAAACGUAUGCGUGAACUCAACAUAGAGGAAAGCAGCGUGUCGCCCACCAGCUGUACUGUCUGUCUGAGCCGGGAGCGCUCCUGUGUGUUUCUGGAGUGCGGUCAUGUGUGCGCUUGUGCUCAGUGCUAUGAUGCCCUGCCAGAGCCAAAGAAAUGCCCCAUUUGCAGGGCAACUAUAGACAGGGUGGUGCCUCUUUACAACAGCUAAUGUGGCCAGUAGCAAAUAGAGAUGUGUGGAAAAGGCUUACAUAACAUCUGAAGUCUUCUCAGCAUUUUACAGUCAUGGUACCACUGGAAGUCUGUGCUUUUUCUUUUUUCUUUUCUCUUUUUGCUUUUUACACAUCCUGUUCGAUAAAUAACAAGUUGGUCUGUGCUGAGACAUGAUGCGAUUACGUUUCCUCUCAAAUGUUCAAAUCAAAUUUGGAAUCUGUAAUUCAUCUUGAUGGUGAAAAUGGAAUCCCUCCUUUCAUCUUGAUAAAAGAAAAUUAAAUCCCAUCCUUCAUCCUGAGAUACAAUGAGAUGUUUUCUUACUCAGACACACAUGAAUACUGAUCAUUAUCUGUUUCCAGAAAAAGAUCAAUCUUAGAAGUUAAAAGCAUUUUCUAAGAGUGUUUCUUUGAGCGCUUCAAAAUUGUCAUAUGCGUUUCCCAAAUCACUUAUGAGCGAACAUGCAGUUAAAAGCUUCUGAAUACACUUUAAAGUAACAUGGCAUAUUUAUCCCAUGGCUUACAGAGAAUUAAAUUAAAAAUGCAUAAAAUGACAAACCAUAAAUGUAAUAAACACAAUAGAAUUGCUUUAGACUUGAAAUCAUUCAGUGUGAAUACUAAUCUAAAAGUGCCUCUUAAGACUACAUUAAACCUGACGGUUCAUGAGUGUGCACGUCGUGUACUGUGUGUGCGUGAGCAUUUCAUCCGGAAGAGACAUAUCAGGUGAAAACAGGAAGACGAUGACAGUUAAUUUUGUGUGUUAAGUUUAUUUUCAAAUCCAACCAGCGCCAUUUAAUUUACAUCAUUUGACCUCUCACGGUUCUUUAAAUGAAACCCGUUCAGAGGGGAAAUCGUGCUUUGGAACUGCUAACAUUUUGAAAUAUGAUAGGCUCUGCCUUUUUGAAAGAGAAAACAAACCAAACCGCUGAUUGAAUGUAUUGCAGUGCAUUUUUAUAAGCUCAUCCUGUGUUUUAUUUAAUGUAAAAUUUUAUCUCUAGAGGAACCAUUGACUUCAGCUUUCAGACAGAUGUAGUGCCUCUGAAAUGUAGUGGAGUAGAAGUAUGAAGUAGCAUAAAAUGGAAGCACUUAAGUAGAUUACAAGCACAUUAAAAAUGUGCUUAAAUACAGUUUGAGUUAAUGUACUUAGUGACUUUCCACCAAUGGAGGCGCUCAAUGUAUGAUGAUUUCUGGGAAACGCAUUAUAAGCUUAAGAAGGAUGGAUUUUACCGUCAUCUUAACCGUAAGAUUCUUUUUUCUCUCGUAUCUAGUCUCUACAUUUGGUUUGAAAGUAGGAACAGAUCUUUCUUUUUUUAACGGCUGAUAUUGGGAGUGGGCCUCGUGGCUUGUGUUUUGUGCAGCGGUGUGUGGGCGCAGCAGAGGAAAGGCUGCAGCUCACACUGAACAAUUCUAUGCAAGAGUUUGAAGGGUGAUGUGAGGUGGUGAGGGGAUAAUUGUACAGGCCUCUGUCAGGUUGUUUCAUGUUCUGGACAGAGACAGAGAGAGGGAGGGAGCGAGCGAGCGAGCUGACCCUGUCCUUUAUUUUUCCACCGGGUGCCUGCUAAUAAAGACGUGUGCUCAGGCUCUGACUUUCAGCCACAGUGAACGGAGCAAGUGGCAACAUGUGUAAAACUUGUUAAAGCGCACUGUACCGGGGCGACCUCUGAAACAUCACAGCCACCCGGUGUUGGACUGCAAAGCUGCUUUUCCUUGGACUUUGGCAAAAAAACCAAAAAAAAAAACCAAUCAACCCACUGUUAUUUUUGCAACUGAAACCUCAUUAAAGACAAAUGUCAUCCAGACCAAAAAAAAAAA